AUGCCGCCGAGACCUCCGCUUCCCCUCUCCGUCGCCGUCGCCGUACUCUCCGUCCUCCUCCUCACGGCGGAGGCGGUGCCCUUCGUCGUCCUGCACGGGAUUGGGGACCAGUGCGCCAACCGCGGCGUCGCCGAGUUCACCCGCCUCCUCGCCGACUGGUCCGCCGCCGACGGCCACUGCCUAGAAAUCGGAAGCGGGACAUGGGACUCCUGGCUCAUGCCUCUCCACCAACAGGCUGAUGCCAUUUGCAACAAGGUGAAGGAGAUGAAAGAGCUGAGCGGCGGCUAUAACAUCGUUGGCCUGUCUCAGGGGAACUUGAUUGGCCGUGCAGUGCUCCAGUAUUGUGAUGAUGGACCACCGGUCAAGAAUUUCAUCUCACUCGCGGGGCCUCAUGCUGGCACCGCUUCCGUGCCGCUUUGUGGUUCUGGUAUUUUCUGUGUUAUUGCUGAUGCCCUGAUUAAAUUGGAGAUCUACUCGGACUACGUACAGGCACAUCUUGCACCAAGUGGCUACAUCAAAAUCCCAACGGAUAUGGAUGAUUAUCUGAAGGGAUGCAGGUUUCUUCCCAAACUUAACAAUGAGAUACCCGGUGAAAGAAAUGCUACCUACAAGGAACGGUUCAGCAGCUUAGAGAAUUUAGUAUUGAUCAUGUUUGAGAAUGAUGUCGUCGUCAUACCCCGGGAAACUUCGUGGUUUGGGUAUUAUCCUGAUGGAGCCUUUGAGCCAGUCCUACCUCCUCAGCAGACAAAGCUGUAUCAGGAAGACUGGAUUGGUCUGAAGGCCCUGGACAAGGCCGGGCGAGUCAAGUUCGUCUCCGUGCCAGGAGGUCACCUGGGCAUCUCCAACAGUGACAUGAGGAAACACAUUGUGCCUUACUUGAAGGACAAACCAUCUGUUUCUGCUUCACUCGCCGCCACCUGGCACGCCGUCGGGGAAGCGCUCGGGCUGAUGGGGGACGAUGUCGGCGUCCUCCUUCAGUCCUCGACAUGA